AUGGAGUGGCGUGAGGCCCUUCCCCCGCCAGGUGCCCGCGUGUUAGCAGGAACCCGCUGCGCGCGGACGUGCCGCGCCGCUGCCGAGGAGAGUCGCGGCGAGCUGGAGGCUCGAGAGAGGGUUCGCUGGAGGCCUCGCCUGCUCCGGCUGCUCGGCGAGAUGGAGGCGCCCUCGCUGGAGGUGGCAGAGUCCUGCAUGGACCAUGGGCGGGCGCUGGAUGGCAUCACGGGCCGCGCGCGCCUCAACCCAGUGAGGUCGUGUGUGCGUGCGGGCGAGAUGCUGCGCAGCAUCCUGUGGCCGAUGAAGGUAGUACGCUUCAUCGACUACGUGCGCGCCAGAGCUGCGGAGCCUGUUGGCCUGACGGUGCCCAACCAGGCCCUCCGAGCCAUGGCUUGUGCCGAGCGCGCGGCGGGCUUUGACCCGAGCGCUGUGCUCCCCGUCGUCUCCGUUAUCUUCUGCCCCUCUUUUUACCGCCGUCGCACCGCUAUAAGGGCUCAUCGAG